UGGUUAAAAAUAAAACAAGCGCCACCUAUUGCAUCCACUAGUGCAUUAAAUUGUCACCUGGCGCACAUACACGAGGAAUUCAGAUGCAGCGUAAAUUCAGGAAAAUCUGACUAAUCAACAUGGCUGGGAAAGGUAGAGGUGUAGCAGCUUUUACCUUCAACAUCGAGGCACUAGGCAUCACCAGAGGAUCCAUGCCUGAGACUCAGCAAGGACCACGAGCACUCUUUCCACAAGCUGAGUUUAAACCAGUGCCUUUAAAAACUGGCGAGGACGAAGAUUACAUGUUGGCUUUGAAACAAGAGAUCAGAGGCAGAAUGAAGGGCCUCCCUUUCAACAUAAAGCCUCACUCUGCCAAGAGAAAUGUUGAACGAUAUAAAGAGAAGUACACAAGGGAAUGCAACCAAAUUGAGGAUGAGGAAUGGACGCCAGACUGGAACCGUCUUCCAGUGGAACUGAUGCCCCAGAAUAAAGCCAUACGAAAGAGAUCUAAUGCUCAGAAAUGCAGAAAGGUUUCGAGCAAAGAUAACAAGGCUCUUCUGUUUAAACUCAAUGAGCUUGAAAAGAGAGGUGAGAAGUCAGAUGAUGAGAAAGAGGAGAAAACACAAAAGAAGGAAGAUGACAAUGAGGAAGAAGCUGUUGAAGGAGAAGAAUAUGAUGAAGAAGAGCUCGAGGAGGAGAAUGACUACAUAGAAAGCUACUUUGAAGAUGGUGAUGACUUUGCAGCUGGCAGUGAUGACAAUAUGGAUGAAGCCACAUACUGAUUUAAAAUCAAAU